GUGGCUGUCGGAGGCUUCGUCAGUUGUCAUGGCAACGCCCAAUUGUACUAUUCUCUGGGUUCGAUUCGCCAAAGAGCUGCUCCGAGCAGAAAGCCAGCACUUCAAUGCGUGCUCUGACCUCAUCAACACGAUCUGUGUGCACAUAGUGCAGCCACUGCUGGACAGCUCUCCUUCCGUUACCAUAGCAACGUGUCUGGUGGAGAUUCUGGUGCUGAUCACAAACUCCUCAGCGUCAAUCAAUCUGGCUCUGUAUCUGCCAGACAUCGCUGAUGUAGUGCUGGGGUGGUAUCUGGACGAGACCACACCUGCGCCCAUCCGCGAAGGCGCAAUGUUGUUCUACACGUCCUCGGCACUGCAGUGGAGGGUGCGGUUAGACGUGACCGUCGCACACAUCAACCAGAUCCUGACAGAUAUGAUGGUGGUAGCCAAUAGUAUUGCAUCUAAGAGAAACAAAGCGUCAAUCCGAUUGGACGUGUGCAAAUAUGCGGAGCAGUGCAUGUACGCGCAGGAUAUGGUGACUCAUCUAGCGCCAUUCGCAACUGUGCUGAGUAUCCUCAUUCAGGCUAUCGCAGACAAUCUGGGAGACGCCAACUUCACCCACCCCGCCCUACCCGACGACACGCAGCAGCGCAUCUACGAUUCCCGCCAAAACCUGACGCAGUCCUUCAUAGAGACGGCCAUACUCGCACGCGGUGCCACGUGCUUUGCCACAACUGUCAGUGUGCUAGUGGUUGACACCGUUCAUGACACCACUGACACUGACGGCAGGGGUGACGUCCCGGAAUCCGUCCCGGUAUUGUCCGCGGAAGAGGCGGGCAAUCGGCAGAAGAUCUUGCCGGUGGUGCUGAAGAUACAUGAUCUGAUAAGUGCAAUGUGUGAUCUGGUAGAUCCCGUGGCAGGUGUGUCCAAGCGCAUCUCGUCCUCACUCCUGGAUAGCCUGAUCGCCACCGCCGACGUCUUGGGCGAUUGCUGUUGCUAUGCCAACCGUGAUCGGGUAACCAUAGCAACCGGCACGACCAUGUGCUACUGCUCCGGGGGUGUUGUGGUGGCCGGUGUGCUGAGUACUUGUGGAAAAGUUAUGCGCAAUCUACUGGGUAACAGCCGCACAGUUGAAACAUCAUAUCUGUCGGCCUAUGAACAGUUGUGGGGAAGAGACUCGUUGCUAUGGAAACUGCGCUCGACGUCCACACCAUUGGUUGUCAUGCAAUCGCUCACGUCUCUGUGGAGAGAUGUCAUUGGCCACGCCGAAAAUUCUCUACAAUCAGCUGAGAGGGUAUGGUCGUUGCUAGGCAACGACUUGCACACGUGCACUCGUGCUAUCGUGCGAAUGGGCAGUGUGUGUGACUAUACAAUAGACACACAGAAACACCGCAGUACAACCGGUGCCAUGAGUGCUUCUCAUGCCACGAGAUGUGCUUUCACACCAGUAGCCGAAGGAGUCGGCGUUGCCCAAUCAGUGACAGGUGGAACACGCACGCUCACAUACACCCACGCACAGGCGCGAGUGGCGCAGCUGAGUGUGUGUAUCGCCUUCGACUGCUACGUGGUAGGCGAAGUGCUCAUGGCGUGUGGGCAGCGGUGGCUGUUACACGACAGUGUGGUGCAGACCCUCGUGGGGUGUUUGAGUGUGGUGCCUGACAAACAACCGCACACACACGCAUGCGCACCUACACAUUUACAGAGGACGGGUAGGGAUGGGCUUAGCUACAGCGUGUUCGAGGUAGGUAACGCGCAGGACGUUGCCAUGGCAACGCGCGUGCACCUACUCGGGGUCAGCUCCGAGGCGUAUCUCACAUUGAUGCGCACGCUGCACUCCAUUGGCCACAGCGCCAACUUCUACCUACCCACAUCACCACAUGCCCACACACAGGACUACACCAGCACCCCUUACAGACACAUACACGCACACGCACACACACACGCACACACACACACGCGUGCGUGCACCAAGACAGCCCACACGCCAUCAAGUGCCCGCAGUUUGGCGCUGAGCUCAUCGCUGUCGAGUGCGUCUGGGAUGGGCGCUGUUUUAAGCGUCGCACGGGACGCUCUAAGCGACGCUACGGCCACGCGAGAGGUGCUGCUGAGUACGUUGGAUGUGCUGCGCCAUGUACUGGGUCUUGUGGAGAGUGCGCAGGCACUCUCUGAGAAGGAUGCCCUCCACAGCCGCCGAGCGCUCGCCACUCAGCCGUUAUGGCAGGAUGUCGUCUCUGCCGUGGCCGAUCACACACUCUCCACCGACGUCUCACUCGCAUCAUUGGCCGUCUCAUGCAUCACGCUCAUACUCAGGUUGCAUCUGACGAGUCCAAACGGCGAGAGUUCCUUAGCCAAUCAUAUUGCGUGUAGGCUUCAACAGGCGGCAACCCACACCAAUUCUGAACUUCGGGAAAGCGCCCUACUGGCAUGUUUGACGUCUCAACGAACGGUUGCCAACGGUAUCACAGAUAUUGAUACCCGUACGGAUACUGCUGGGGUGGCACUGAGUGGCGUACUACGCACAGUGCUGCAACAGUCAGCAGCACUCUCCGACGACCCACGGCUGCUGCCGAUGGCUACCCACGUCCCGGAAAUGCUCCGCAUCGUCCCGGAAUUGCAACCGGCACUGGGUGUGGACAAUAAAGGAGGAGUGAAGGGGACCGGAGGAUCGGAUGCGCCCGUUGUGCAGGUUAAUGAACGAACGGGCGAUAGUGUGGCCGCGGAGAGUGAUGUACAACCUCACACAGACACACACACGGAUGCAGACACGGCCACCCACACGGACACACUCACGCACACAGGCACGGAUACACACACGCACACAGGCACAGAUAUACACACGCACACAGAUGCAGACACGCAGGGCCAUACGCACACAGACACGCAGGGCCAUACGCACACAGACACGGGAGCCGAGACCCAGGCGGAUGUGUAUACUGACACACAGGCAUCUGGCGAGGGUUAUGGGCAGGCACACACAGACGACCACGACACGUUGACAGAUGCCAAUGGUGACACUGUCACGACUGGCAGCACCGAUGCACUGGCAACAGAACAGGAGGCUGAGGGAGCUCCACAUGACACGUCGACAAGAGGUGACACUGACACUUUGACGGGUGAGCGCGGGAGUAUGAGUGCAGAGACAGAGCCGCAGCGUCUCAACGGAACAGAUCAGAACACCGAUACAGACAAGCGCACAGACGAACGAAUGGACGAUGGUGCCACCGACACAUCAGACACACAGGGCAAUGUGCCCACUAACGAGCGCUUAUCUACAGUUUUACCUACCGAUUUACCUACCGAUUUAGCUACAGACGUACGCACUGAUUUGUCAUCAACGGGGCUGCCGAACAGGAACACAAACACAGACACGGAUGGACAGACAGCUACAGACGCAUCGUUGGAUUGUCUCACAGACGAAUCACUGCAGGCCGAGAGGGAACGUAACACGCGUGCUCAAGAACCCAAGGUGUGA